CUCGAGAUCCAUCUAUGGAUUUGACUUGUUUCAGCAUCCAUAUUAACAAUAAUGCUUGUACAGGAGAGUCCGAUUUUUUUAAGAAUACCAACGAACUUUGAGAUUACCUCAAUAUGGAAGAUAUGAUGGUGAUUUGUUGUAUUUGAAAUGUGUAAAUCUUUUUCCGGUCAGCCGUAUGUUAAAAAAAGAUCUCGUUGCAAGUUGGUAUAUCAUCCUGUAGUGGUUGGAGUUACCCACAAGAUACACAAAUUAAAGUAAAUUGGGAGGGUAAGGAACAAGAAUUUAAUAUGAUUUGGUGAUGCACCUGCUUUAAGUAAUAGUUUUUUAAUUUAUACUGUAGAUUAAGGUAUAAAACCCAAGAUUAAAAGAAUGUAGUCCAUAAUAAUCCCUAGGUUCAAAAUACCAUCCCAUACCACAAUUGCUGCAUUAGGACAAAAGAAUGAUUUGUGGUUACCACUUUACUAGGAACUUUUUUUUUGGGUGAAAAUUACUAUCACUUGGAUAUGAGCUACAACUUAACUGUUAGCAUAUUCUGAUACUUACUUGGAAGUUAUGGUUACCUAAGCAUAAUGCAUAAAACAAUAACUUUCUAGUUAUUCCUGGAUCCUAUAUGGUUGAUACUUGUGUAGUAAUAUGUUAUGCUAGUGCAUGAUUUGGUUCCCACUUCAGGAUGAUGAAACAACCUUAUCAGAAGAGGAGAAACUAGCAGAAGCUGAUUCAAACAGCCCUUUGGAUGAGAUUGCUUUACUGCAAAAGGAGAGUGAAAUUCCUGUUGAGGAAUUGAUUGCAAGGUAUAAAAAGGAUUUCAAUGUUGCUGAAAUUUCUGAGGAUGAGUCUGAAUAUGCCUCUGCCUUCUCAGAGGACCCAUUGGAUUCUAGCACCCAAGAAGACAUUGAGAUCAAGCAGCAGGAUAAUUCUUUAAACGAAAACUUUGGUCAUGAAUCUGUGCCAACUCUAUCUCCCGUUAGAGAGCAGGAAGCCGGAUCUGAUGAAAAAUUAGAAGGAAGCGGAAGUGACAAUAGACUUGCUGAUGCUGCUGCUGCUGCGCGCUCCGCUCAACCUACAGGCUAUACAUUCUCAACAACAAAAGUGCGUACAAAACUUCCAUUUCUUCUCAAGUAUUCCCUUCGUGAGUAUCAACACAUUGGUCUGGACUGGCUUGUCACCAUGUAUGAGAAAAGAUUAAAUGGGAUUUUGGCGGAUGAAAUGGGGCUAGGGAAAACCAUAAUGACAAUUGCUUUGCUUGCGCAUCUAGCUUGUGAAAAGGGAAUAUGGGGCCCUCAUCUCAUUGUGGUUCCUACAAGUGUUAUGCUUAACUGGGAAACUGAAUUUCUUAAAUGGUGUCCUGCCUUCAAAAUUCUGACAUACUUUGGUAGCGCAAAAGAGCGAAAGCUUAAGAGGCAAGGUUGGUUGAAGGUGAAUUCCUUUCAUGUCUGUAUAACUACUUACAGACUUGUUAUCCAGGAUUCAAAAGUCUUCAAGCGCAAGAAGUGGAAAUACUUGAUUUUGGAUGAAGCACAUCUGAUUAAAAAUUGGAAGUCCCAGAGAUGGCAAACUCUUUUGAACUUUAAUUCAAAACGACGAAUCUUAUUAACUGGUACGCCAUUGCAGAAUGAUCUCAUGGAACUCUGGUCAUUGAUGCAUUUCUUGAUGCCCCAUGUUUUUCAGUCUCAUCAGGAAUUUAAGGACUGGUUCAGUAACCCAAUUGCAGGAAUGGUAGAAGGACAAGAAAAAGUGAACAAAGAAGUUGUUGACCGCUUGCAUAAUGUCCUUCGCCCAUUCAUACUUCGGCGAUUGAAAAGGGAUGUGGAGAAGCAGCUUCCUAAAAAACAUGAGCAUGUCAUAUGUUGUAGACUCUCAAAGAGGCAGCGCAACUUGUACGAAGACUUUAUUGCUAGUUCAGAGACACAAGCUACGCUUGCAAGUGCCAAUUUUUUCGGGAUGAUAGGUAUUAUAAUGCAGCUUCGCAAAGUUUGCAAUCACCCUGACUUAUUUGAGGGCCGUCCUAUUGUAAGUUCUUUUGAUAUGGCUGGUAUUGACAUCCAGUUGAGUUCUUCUGUUUGUUCUAUCCUCUCGUCAAGUCUAUUUUCUACUAUAGAUCUAAAGGGUUUGGGACUUUUGUUCACUCAUAAUGAUUUCAGUAUGACUUCUUGGGAGAGUGAUGAGUUAAAAGCAAUUGCUACACCGUCAAGCUUAAUCAGGGAACGUGUUUCUGCAGAUAAUCUGGAAGAAAUUGCUCCAUUCUCCAAUAAAGGGACAAAGUUGGAUGGAGCAGAUAUUUUCAUAGACAUUCGUAACAAAAUCAUGGAGGAACGAUUGAGAGAAGCCAAGGAAAGGGCAGCAUCUAUUGCCUGGUGGAAUUCACUGAGAUGCCAGAAAAAACCUACCUAUUCAACAACUUUACGGAAUCUUCUUACAGUGAAGUAUCCUGUCGAUGAUAUUCAUUAUCAGAAGGCUGAUCGUUUGUCCUACUUGUUUUCUUCGAAGCUUGCUGACAUUGUAUUUUCUCCAGUUGAGCGCUUCCAAAAGAUGAUUGAUCUGGUGGAAGGUUUCAUGUUUGCAAUACCAGCAGCAAGAGUACCACCACCUGUUUGUUGGUGCAGCAAAAGUAAUGCCUCUGUGUUUCUGCACCCAUCUUAUAAGGAGAAGUGCUCCGAAUUAUUGUUGCCCCUUCUAUCACCAAUUAGACCUGCCAUUGUGCGGAAGCAGCUUUAUUUUCCAGAUAGGAGGCUGAUACAAUUUGACUGUGGUAAGCUUCAAGAGCUGGCAACUUUGUUGAGGAAGCUGAAAUCUGAAGGUCAUCGAGCGCUAAUAUUCACACAGAUGACGAAGAUGCUUGAUAUCUUGGAGGCUUUCAUCAAUUUAUAUGGUUAUACUUACAUGCGUUUAGAUGGUUCAACACAGCCAGAGGAGAGGCAAACAUUAAUGCAGCGUUUUAAUACAAAUCCAAAGAUCUUUCUUUUCAUCUUGUCAACCCGAAGUGGGGGAGUUGGUAUUAACCUUGUAGGAGCAGAUACAGUUAUCUUCUAUGAUAGUGACUGGAAUCCUGCCAUGGAUCAGCAAGCUCAAGAUCGGUGUCAUCGGAUUGGUCAGACACGUGAAGUUCAUAUCUACCGCUUGAUCAGUGAGAGCACCAUUGAAGAAAAUAUCUUAAAGAAAGCAAUCAGAAGCGUGCUCUUGAUGACUUGUUAUCAGAGUGGUAACUAUAACACUGAAUUCCUGGACGUGCAAACAGUGGCAGCUGCUGCUGCAGCAGCUGGAGAAGCUAUCUCUUUGUUUGAUCAAUUACGUCCAAUUGAUCAAUAUGCAAUACGCUUUAAGGAAUUGUGGGAUCCAAUCAUAGAUAAGGCAGCUGCCGAAACUGAAGUUAACUUUGAAGAGAGGGAAUGGGAACUUGAUCGUAUUGAAAAUAUAAGGAGAAUGGAGGCUGAGAUUGAUGAUGAUGAAGAACCUCUUGUUUAUGAAAGUUGGGAUGCUGAUUUUGCGACUGAGGCAUAUCGGCAGCAAGUUGAAGCCUUGGCUCAGCAUCAGUUAAUGGAAGAACUGGAAUGUGAAGCUAAAAGGAAGGAAGAUGCAGAUGAUGCAAAUUUAGCUUUGACAAGGAACGACAUGGCCAUUGUUCCCCGACCAAAGUCUAAAAAGAAACCAAAGAAAAAGUUCAAAUCCCUGAAGAAAGGAUCUCUGGGUUCUGGACUGAAGUCUGUAAAAGAAGAGUCAAAAAUGGAAUCUAUGUCCAUAGAUGGUGAUUUUUACGACGAGGAGGUCACUGGUUCAGAUACUGUGUCACCCACUUCGAGUAUGCAGAAAAAGCGGAAGAAGUCUGAAGUAACACGUGAUCAGAAACAAGAAAAUAAUUCAAAGAAGAAAUCUAAGAAAACCAAGAAGAUGUCUCAUCAAAUCUGUCCUUCAGACGUGGAUUUCAACCAGGCUGGUAACCAGCAUGACGAUAUGGAGUCAAAGCUUCGUGACGUCAUUCUUAUUGAUCUUGAGCACAAACCAGCAAGCAAAGGUAAAACUGGUGGCAAAAUUUUUAUCACUGCGGUACCACUGAAGCGGGUUUUGAUGAUAAAGCCAGAGAAGUUAAAAAGAGGAAAUAUUUGGUCAAGGGAUUGUGUCCCGUCACCCGAUUUGUGGUUGCCACAGGAGGAUGCUGUAUUAUGUGCUGUUGUACAUGAAUAUGGUCCACACUGGAGUUUGGUUAGUGAAACAUUAUAUGGGAUGACUGCCGGUGGGAUUUAUAGGGGUAGAUAUCGCCACCCUGUUCAUUGUUGUGAGAGGUUUAGAGAACUAGUUCAAAGAUAUGUCUUGUCUGCGCAUGACUUUUCUGUUAGUGACAAACCGAGCAAUACAGGCUCUGGAAAGGCUCUUCUUAAAGUAACAGAGGAUAAUAUUCGGAUGCUCUUAAACGUUGCUGCUGAGCAGCAAGAUACUGAAUUGCUUCUUCAAAAGCACUUCACAGCCCUGCUUUCAUCUGUGUGGAGGGUGACAUCUCGCACUGAGCACCGUCAAAAUCUCUCGUCUGGUAAUGGUCUCUAUUCAGGGGGGAGGCUUUUUGGUUCACCUAUAUGCCAAAGUUCACGAAGUUUAAUAAGGGAACCUGCACAAAGGAUGAAAUUUACAAAUUCAGGGAGUAAGUUAUUGGCCACUGCGCUUCAUGAUGCAAACAUUAGAGAAAGGAAUGACAUGAUUUCCCUUUCCAAUUGGAAAGAAGAUGCUCCUGUUGCUACAGAUAAGUUGGAAAUAACAUUGGAAUUCCCAAGGGAAGGAGAUGACGAUGUGAUUCCACUGCCACCUGCCAUAAAUUUAUCUAUAUGUGGUUUUGAUCCAUUAAUGUGUGUAAAUAAUACUGUAGGAGAAGAUAACCAUCUUAAAUCUUCACAAGCUAUUGCUGAGAGCCGUUUCAGGUAUGGCCUUAAGCCUUUUAUGCUUUCAUGAUUAAAGUAUUUGAUUAUUCUGUACAAACCUGCUCUUACUAUCUUGUGGAA